GGUCUUGUCCGAGGGGAUCGCAACGGUAACAUUUUCCUUCUCCGAAACACGACGCCGUUGAAUCCCCUAAAAUGGGCUAUUCGCAGCAGCCGACGGAGCCUCUUCACAUCCCCGUGGAGAUCGUGAGCGACGAAGAAAUGGCCCUCAUCGAAGCCGCCUUGGCGGCCACAGCCGGCCCUGCUAUCUCUCCGGUUCGGUUCCAGCGAACCGCAAGGUCAAUUCAGUCCAUUACCCUUCUCUCUAAGCGCCGGUUGUCAUCGGAGACCGGGCCAAUCGGCGACAUAGAGGACGCUGUUGGUUUUAGGCCUACUCAGAAAAGAAGCAGACCGGCCUACUCGUUCUUGCAUCGAUUUCGGAGAAAAAGAGGAUUGUCUGUCACCGACAUUACUGCCACGGAAUGGUGUGAAAAACAAAUGGAAUUCUUUCUACUGUUGGGAAAACCAGAAGCUACAAAGGCUAUGAAAGCAGGUGUUGCUCGCCAUGCGGUACUUGAGGAAGAGGUUGUUAGAAGAGUAAAAGUUCGUGUUAAAACACCAGAAGAUGCAUGGGCCCUAAAGUUUAUCAAUUUCAUGGUUGGUGUAAAUCAACUAUUAUUUGAUGGAUUGACACGCGAGUUGCCUUUACUGGGUUUUGUGGAAGGUAUAUGGAUGGUGGGAGUGAUUGAUGAAAUCCGGAUGCCUGUAACUGAGACUGAAAAGAGCCCUACGUUAGUAGACACAAAAACUCGUGCACGGGCAAGCCUUCCUUCUGAACCACAACGGAGGAAUGGAAGGCUGCAGUUAAUGUGCUACAAGUAUUUGUGGGACAAUUUAGCUGCUGAUAAAUUCCCCUCCAGACAAUUCUUUGAUUUCUUUGCAUUAAAUCCACAUUGGAUUUUAUCUGAAGACAUCAGAGAGAACACUGCUAGAUCAGGUUUUCCUGCAGAGACUCUUGAUGAUUUAAUAAGGUAUUUCCGAAAUGCUUGCCGCACACUGCCCCAAGCUCAUGAGCAGCUAUUGUUGAGAUAUGAACUGCAAGAAGAUCAUUCAUUACUCAAUGAAGAUCAGUUCGAAUACGAUUCCGAUUGGCUGAAGGGCCAAAUUCAGGGUAGUCUUGAAUUCUGGAUGGGAGAGAGAGAAGCCAAAUACACCCCGGCGGAGGAGCGAUGGAAAUGCAAGUUCUGUCAGUUUGCUUCUGUAUGUCCAAUCAACACCAACAACUCCGAUGGUAAUUCAACCUAGAGAAAUUGCAAUUGGUAUUUUUUUCCUUUUUUUCCCCCACAAUAAUGAUUUUGGCCUUGAAGCAUUGCAUUUUGCAAAGAAGCAACAAUCUUUCGGUAGAUGCACCUCUGGAGUAGGCCAACCCCCACCCCGUUUGCUAGGGCCAAGAGUCGGUGGUUGUUUAUAAGCCUCAUCUUCAGGCUGUGAUAUAUGUUUCAUUGUUGUAUAGUUUUCAUUUCCUCUCAAUGAGCCAUUAUUAUUAAAUUCUUUGUAAAACAUGACACGUAUGUUGAAAUUAUAAAUUCAAUAAUUAUUCACGUCA